AUGGUCUCCACGCGUUCAGCUGGGAAAAUUUCAUACAAACGCAAAAGAGUGGACGAUGGUUCCAGCAGUGAAGUGGACUCGGUAAAUGGGGAACCACAAAACUCGGACUCGGAGGAUGAAACGAGUCAAACGGAUUUACAGGGCCACCUGUCCGCAGUGCAGACCUGUGUAACGCAGCUUGUGACCCAAGUAAAAUCUCUUCAGGAGCGGAACAGGAAACUUAAAGGUGAUUUAGAACGACUACAUCACAGAGAAGAGUCCAUUCAAUCAAAACAGGGUAAGAGAGGUGGCAAGAGCAACACUGAUUUGAAGAACCAGGUGGAUAGCUUGCGAGUUAUUAUACAGGGUCUGAAGAGGUUACAACAGAAAGAAGUCAAAAAGGAGGCAAAUGAACUGACAGGCGGUGAGAUGGCGGAUAGCGACGAUGACGUAGUUUAUCAGAUGAGGAAGCUGUCGCGACGUUUUCAAGAUUUGAUGUUGGCAGCAGUUCUGGAAGAACAUGAAGAGUGUCGCAUCUGCCUCGAAGAGAUGAAGCUCGAAAAAUGUUCAAGAUGUUCAAUGUCCGAUUUGUCGAGCGCGAUGGCCGACUGUGAACUGGUCCAUCUCACCCCGAACGAUCGAUGGGAUGAGUUAUUAGACGUGGCUAAAAGAGCGGGUGAACUAGACCAUCUCGGUGGGGUGUCUUCAAGUGAAGAAGAGAACGAAGAAGACUUUGUAGAUGAUCACAGAUAUAAGCUCGACAUCCUCAGGCCCCACGAAUGA